ACACAAUAGGAAUCACAUUCAACGUUUGCAAUUAAUUAAUGAAACAAUUUUCAGUCGAUGAAUCUAAAUUUAUGUUUACUCGUCUAAGCCGUAAUCAACAUGUUAUCUCGCCGUCUUUAAAUGCAAUUUGUUAUAGUAAUUAAAAAACAAAAAGCAAUUAAUUUAACAUUGUUUCUGCACGAAAUUAUACCCUCUGUUACGAAAUACCGCUCAAAGGUUUCUGGACAACCUUUUAAAACAAGAGCAAUUAUAAAAAAUCGACACAACCUUACUUAAAUAUAAUAAGACAGCAUCGGAAAUAUAAUUACGUUAUCGGGUGUCGAAGGAUAUGAUUAUCCCAAGGAGCUAAGGAUCGAAUGAAAUCGAAAGUUUGAGAUUCGCAACUAAGUAAAUGAUUGAAACAGUUGUUUAGAAAUAGUAUAAAAGGGAAGAAGAAAUAAUCCAUUCGGUAGUUCCAGACAGUGUCCAGUUUGUUCGUACGAAACCAUGUCAAACAUGCUCUUGAAAAGUUUAAACAAACUAUUACUCGUGUUAUUGUUCACCAAUAUAUGUUAUGGCAAAGAGAUUUUGAAAAGAGAAGCUUCUGGAAUUUCUUACGCUGUCCAACAUCAGGGUACAGGGACGGGUUUUGGUUGGGACGGUGUUGGCUGGCCUGAACGGUUUUAUGGAAACUCUGGUGCAGAUUUUACUUCCAAAUUUGGAACUGGCGGCGGUAAAUUGGCUUAUCACCUCGGUCCCGGACCUAGCGAAAUAGCAGCUGCUAUAUCGGCGGCUAAGGAAGCAUCAGCUGCAGUAGCUGAAGCUCAAAAGCGCGUUCAGAUAGCUAAAGACGACGUUUUAGCACAGCAACAUAUAGCUUCUCAAAAGGAAGCGGAAGCAGCUUUAGCGUUACAAAAAGCCGAAGCUGCUGCAGCCGUUCAUCGACAACAGGCUAGUGCAGCUGCAAAUGCGGUCAUUGCUGCACAGCAGAGAUUGGCUCAAGCUAAAGCGGAUGUAGCUGAAAAACAACAAAUAGCUGCUGCAAAGGAAGCUGAUGCGGCUGCACUUAUAAAUCAGAAUGCAGCCGCUGCUGCUUUACAAGUUCAGAAAUCUGAUUUUACUGCUGCAAAGCUAGCUGCACUUCAACAAUCUAGUGCUGCAGUAACAUUAAAACAUGCUGCAAUCACCAAGGAAGCCACCUUAGGUGCAACUUCAGCUGCCUUGGCUGCUGCCAAAGGAUUACCUGAAGGACAUCAUCCUUGGCAUUUUACUCAUUAACUUCUUUUGUUCUCACCGUCAUCUAAAAAUACAAUUUUAUAUGUAAUAAUAAAUAUGCAAUC